AUGCCCUCCGGAAUCAAAGACUCUCUUGGGUUUAGCAUGUUGAGGGGAUCAACCAAAACAUGGUGGGAUAACAAGAUUAUAGUGGAGGGGGAAGAAAAAGUUAUGAGCAUCGAGUGGGCUAAAUUUAAGGAACUCUUUUUCAAAGAGUUUCGUUCUGAAUCUGAGAUAACAAGACUUAGGAGGGAAUUCCUAAAUACCAAUCAAGGCUCAAUGACCAUCAAUGAGUUCAAAAUCAAGAUUCUGGAUAGGGCUCAAUUCUUCCCCGAAUACUUGAAAAGUGACACCCUCCUCAAGGAGCAUUUCUAUAGCAAACUUCGUAAAAGCAUUCGGGAGCGAAUUAGUCUUCGGCAAGUGGAGUCAUUUUCCGUGUUGGUUGAUGUAGCCCGAGACCAUGAAAAGAACAAUCUCAACCCGAAGAAGAAGGAUUAA